CAACGCACACACGCAGCCACCAUGUUGAUAUGAUUGCAAAGCCGGGGAACGUCAGCAUCCCAGAGACCCUCCUCCAACUGGGAUUAGAGACAAGAGGCUCGACAGCACAGAGCAGCAGGUGCUGGAGGAGGCAGCCAGAGCCGCUCAUCAGGGGACCCUGGGAGUGGGGAGUAGCCGUGUCAGAAAGUUCUUCAUUGUUUGUGAAAUCUCAGUCAAUGAAAAGCAUCUGAACUCCGACACAAAGAAAGGCACUAAUUAAACACUGCAAUGCUUCUGCUCCAGCAUGGAAAAGCAAGCACUGCGCAAGUGAAACAGCAGCCAUCCCUCAAGUCCUCUGAGGGCUGUGAAUAGCUGACCAGGCACAAAGCUGCUUCUCUACCCUCCCUGUUCCUGCCAGCCCCAAAAAGGACUCUUGCUGCAGACAGCUGAACUGGAGACACUGGAAUUCCCCAGCAGAGAAAAGCCAAAGCUCACUGGGAUGCUCUCAGAGAGAAGAGUUCCUUGACUUACACAGGGAGUUACAAUUCUUUUGCUUUGUUCACAGAGCCUUGUGUGUCUUUCAAUCUUUUUUUAGUUUUUUUUUUCUCCCCCUGAUCACUUCAAAAAUCUAACUUGUGCAAUGGUGGGGGACAGGAGAGGUAGGUUACAUGGUCCAUGCUGCCUCACAACCCACUCUUUGGAAAUAACCCACUUCUAAAUGAGAUAGCAGCUGCUUCUCACAGGAGAAAAAAAAAAAAAAAGAAUAAAAAGGCUCUCCCUUCUGGGCUAGCAAGGCUUUCAAUGACAUCUGAGGGUAGUCUGUGACCAGCAGGCAUGGGAAACAACUCUCUUUGGGAUGAUCCAAACAGCACCUGCAGCAAUGCAGGCAACAGCUGCUACCUGGACAACAGCAUGAGGUUCAACUUAACCUUCCAAGAGCAGGCGGCUGAUUUCUACAUUGUCCUCCCUGUGAUUUACUCUGUGAUCUGUGCCGUUGGGCUCACAGGCAACACUGCUGUCAUCUAUGUGAUCCUCAAAGCCCCCAAGAUGAAGACUGUGACAAACAUGUUCAUCCUGAACCUUGCUAUAGCUGAUGACUUGUUCACACUUGUCUUGCCCAUUAAUAUUGCUGAACACCUCCUCCACUACUGGCCCUUCGGAGAAGUCCUCUGCAAGGUCAUCUUGUCCAUAGACCACUACAAUAUCUUCUCCAGCAUUUAUUUCCUAACAGUGAUGAGCAUAGACAGGUAUCUGGUAGUGCUGGCUACAGUCAGGUCCAAGAGGAUGCCACAUCGUACAUACCGAGCAGCCAGGAUUGUCAGUUUGUGCAUCUGGAUCCUAGUCACCAUCAUAGUUCUCCCUUUCAUCAUCUUUGCCAAUGUCUACAUAGAUGACCUGGAGAUCAAGAGUUGUGGUCUCAAUUUCCCCAAGCCUGAAAGGUUUUGGUUCAAAGCCAGCAGGAUCUACACCCUCAUCCUUGGCUUUGCCAUUCCAGUGUCCACCAUCUGCAUCCUCUACACCAUGAUGCUCUACAAGCUAAGGAACAUGCACUUGAACUCUAAUGCUAAAGCCCUGGACAAAGCCAAGAAGAAAGUCACUAUUAUGGUCUUCAUAGUCCUGGCUGUGUGUCUCUUCUGUUGGACCCCCUUCCACUUGGCCACCAUCGUGGCUUUGACCACUGACUUGCCCCAGACCUCCACAGUUAUUGGUAUAUCCUACUUCAUCACCAGUCUAAGCUAUGCCAAUUCGUGCUUGAAUCCUUUCUUGUAUGCUUUCCUGGAUGACAGUUUUCGGAAAAGUUUCCGGAAGAUGCUGGAGUGCAGAACUUCUUGAACAGUGGAUCGGGGCUCACAGAUCCCUUCUGUCCCAUGGCUUUGCAGGGGCAACUUUGCUGACUGAAGGGGCGGCUAAUGAGUGCACAAUGUGCUUUCUUUCAUUUACAUGUAAUGUAUGUGUCUGUUUAUCAUUCACAUGGUUUGUCCCGCUUACUUGCAACUUUUGCAUUUUCCCCUCUCUGCACCUCCCAACUUCUCAAAGUUGCAUUUCUAUAUUCUUAGCUUUAAUUACACACUCUGAAGCAUUAAGGACAGAAAACUUCUUUUCAGAGGUGUACUUCUACUACAUAGUGGUCCUUUAUUGCCAUCUGCUGUACAGCACAGACAAGCUGGAGACUAGUUUUUAGAUCAAUGUAAUGCUCAGUUCUUAAUAGCUAUGUUAUUUGGAGGAUUGUUUCAUGGAGCAGAGCUAACAAGCACUUUCAGUGAAAUAUCAAUAAAAUGGACAGAGAAUGCAAGAUGAGUAUUUGGAAGAGAAAAUGAACCUUUUUCAUGUCAGUGUAUGUGCGUGUGUGUGUUAUGGCUUUGUUUUUGGUUUUGAGGGAUGUCUAUUUUCCACCCCCAACCCAAAUCCCCUCUUUGCUGAACUGUUAACACAAGUUAAAUUUAAAUUUAAACCAAAGCAAGAUUUGGAUCUCAAAAAUAGUGAUAAGACACUAUACAAAUACUAUGGCAACUGUGGGAAUUUGUGUUAGAAAUUAUUUUUAACUAAUUGUUCCUGCUAAGUGUCAAAUAUAUAUUUAUUUAAGAGUGAUUAA